GCUUUUAAUUUCACGGCAGUUUCCCCUCAAACAAACAUUGAAAACGCCGGAUUUGACCCAACUCUCCCAAACUAAAUCCCAUCUUAAAGUUAAGUUUGAUCCCAACUUCUCCAAAAACCCAGAUCGAAAUCCCACCAUGACAUAUACUGCACUGAAAGCGGUAAGUUUAACUCAUGUAAGGUAUCAAAGAGGUGACCAACUAGGCCAUGUCUUAGCCUGGGUUUCUUUAGUUCCCGUUUUCAUUUCCCUUGGUGGCUUCGUUUCUCAUUUCAUCUUCCGUAGAGAGCUUCAAAGCAUGUUCUUUGCAUUAGGCCUAGUAAUAUCACAGUUCAUCAAUGAAUUCAUCAAAAAAUCCGUUCAACAAGCCCGCCCUGAAACCUGUGCUCUUUUAGAAAUGUGUGAUUCUCACGGCUGGCCUUCAAGUCACUCUCAAUACAUGUUCUUUUUCGCUGUUUAUUUCACCCUUUUGACAUGUAAAGGGAUCGGUGGGAUUUGGAAUAUUAGAACCAAGUGGGCUGCUUUGUUUUUACCUUGGUCUUUGGCUGUCUUGACUAUGUAUUCUAGGGUUUAUUUGGGUUACCAUACGGUGGCCCAGGUUCUUGCUGGAGCUUCUUUGGGGAUUUUGCUUGGUGGGCUCUGGUUUUGGGUGGUGAAUUCUAUGCUCUUCUGUUAUUUCCCUUUGAUUGAAGAGAGUUCCUUUGGGAGGUUUUUUUAUGUUAAGGAUACUUCUCACAUAUCAGAUGUGUUGAAGUUUGAGUAUGAUAAUGCAAGGGCUGCUAGGAAUACUAUGGCUGCCAGAAAAGCCAUGGCUUCCAAGAGCAGUUGAUUAAACACAAACUUAUCAGGUCAUAUUCUUGAUACCAAUGUUUCAAGAUCCAACUUCUGUGCCAAUGGAUGAUUGAAUGAGAAAUCAAAACGGGGCAUUGAUGUUUGAGGAUGCUGUAUGUGUGUGUCAGUUAAGAACAUGUUUCUGUGUUUUUUUGUUAUACCACGAUGAAAGAAACAUCAUUGCAAAACACAAAUACAUACAUAUCAUUUACAAUCUUCUAUUUUGUUACACUUUUGGUUAUAAUCAGUUGGUUUAACAAACAGGUGCUAACUUGGAUCUAAUGAAAGAUGUGCAAUGUUUCAAUGUUGACUAUGGAAA